ACGCAGACCAGACGAUUUGUUUAAAACAACCGUCAACCGAAAUUUCUACAGACCAACAACAAUCAAACGGAAUACGACGACUUGGAGACUGAUAGAAAAACAAUUAAACACAACAAUAGCAACAAACAUCAACAAAAAAAAUAAGUAUAAAGUCAAAUUGAAAAGUGAUAAGAACGCAAAUAAGAAGAAGAUUGUUUUUCUUUAGAUGAAAAUUCAUUUAAGUUCUUUUUACUAAAAUUGAAUUUCUUUGUCAGUUAAAAAAAUUAAGUUGGAGCAUCAUCAUCAUCAUCACCACUGACCGACUAUCAUCAAUCAAUCUCUCGUCGUGUAAUAGCGCUAAAAACAAAUUGCCGGAAUAAUACAAAUACAAAAUCAAAAUUGUGAAGAAGCUGUGAUUGUGACAAGAACAAUAAAUAGUUCAUCAUUAAAUUAAUUGUUGAUAUUUAAAAAUAAAUUAAAAUUAAAUAAAAACAAUUUGUUUUAAUAUUUUAAAUUAUUUUGGACUUGUCUCACUGGCUUUGAGUCAUUUGAGAAUUAAGUAUGUCGGAUACAUGUGGAAUAACAAAUAUAGAUGAUAACAGUUCUUUGUAUGAAAUUUUAAAAAAUUGUGCAGCCUUUCAGUCGUACGAUAGUUUGCCAGUCGAAGAUUUUAACGACGUUUGUUUUGGUGCAGAUUACACCAGUAGCGGGAAUAUUUACCUUGAAAAUUAUCCUAAAAUGAUAUCAACUAAUCAAUAUUCGAUCAGUGGCAAUAUUUCCAAUAGCAGUUAUACUAGCGAGGACUCGUUGGGUGACAAUAUUUUGGAAGAGAAUGGACGAAUAUCAUUGGCCUAUGAAAACCUGAGAACGAUACCGAGAAGAAUAGCUGAAAAAUUUGCAUUACAAACCAAGUUUUUAGACUUGAGUUAUAACAAUUUUCAUAAUAUAUCAUUUUUAUCGUUUUUUGAGGACUUGCACACUCUCAUAUUGGAUCGUAACACAAAUUUGGAUGUUAACACUUUACCAUUUUUGCAGAAUUUAAAAAUAUUAUGGAUUAAUAACUGUGAUAUUAAAAAUGUGGUUGAGUGGAUCCAGCGUAUACGAGUACAAUGUCCCAGUCUAGAGUAUUUAUCAAUCAUGGGAAAUCCCGGUAUUAGAGAACCAUUCAAUUAUUGUUCUUUGAAUAUGCUCAGCAAUUCGACUAACAUUGAUUCGUUAAUAAUGCCAACAAGUAUUGUUAUGGAUUAUCGAGAAUACGUUUUACAAAUGCUGCCACAACUUCAAUUAUUGGAUGGCGUACCACGUAACACCCUAUUAAGUGUUUUUCAAGGUCCUUACAAUGAUUUGAUGUCAUUAACAUCAUCAUCAUCGCCAUCAAACUCAAUAGAAAAUGGUUCUUCUUCCCAGGGACAAAAAUGCAAUGACAAUGGUAAUGACAAUGUUAAUGUUAAUCGAAAAAUUUCACCUUCACUAAGCUUUAAAGAUAUGUUUCGAUUAAAACGACGUAAAAAAUCAUAUCCCAGUUCAUCUACAAAUUGAUCUCGUUGAAGAAGAAGAAUAUCAAUCAACAACAAAUGUAUGAAUGCAAUGGAAAAUUUUGCUUUUUAAUAAUUAAUGACACAAUCAGAGCCAAUUUAUUAUCAUUGGAUGUGUUAAGUUGUACAUGGAAUGUACGAGGUUGUUUGUUUUAAAAAACAAAGUGAAACAGAUCGACGAUGACCAUUCAUACGAUACCUACUACUAGUAACAGUGUUACAUUAAACAUUAUAUUGUUAUUCUUAUUAUCAUUACAUAUUAUUAUUUUUAUUUUAUUAAUUAAACAUUUAACCCAUUCUUAUCAUCUACAAUACUUGUUAUACUCUUAUUAUUAAGAACAUACUAAUUUAAAAGUUGGAACAUAAACUAUGUACUAUAAUAUAUACAUAUGUAUGUUUGUAUUUAGUUAUGUAUAUAAAGAGUAUGUGUUAUGAUUUUUUUAAUUUUUUUCCAUACUAAACCUAGCCUAUUGGCCAUAAUCGAUUACAAAUUUAUAUAAAUUAUAAUAAUUUAUAAGUUUA